CUCUCUCUCUCUCUCUCUGGGUCUGAAGCUAGUAGUUUCUCUAAUCGCCUGGCCUACUUAUUCAUGUAAACUCUCCCUUUACCCAUCCUUAAAUCCAGAGCUACAGGGAGCUUCCCAAGACUCUCUCCAUGGCGCCUAUCAUCCGCAAGAACGGUGGCCUACAAGAAAAGGGCCUCUUCCAUGAAAGUUCAUCAUCCUCCAUAAAGCUCGAAGCAUCAACCUUCCUCGCCAAUGGCCACCCUAUUCUUAACCAAGUCCCGCCAAACAUCACAGCAACCCCGGCCAACGACGUUGCCAACGUCGGUUGCUUUGUUGGCUUCGACGCCGACCAGCCCACCCACCGCCACGUGGUUCCCAUCGGAAAACUCAGUGGGAUCAGGUUCAUGAGCAUUUUCAAAUUCAAGUUAUGGUGGAGCACCCAUUGGGCCGGAACUAAGGGGAGCGAUGUGGAAAACGAAACCCAAAUGAUGAUGCUGGAGAAUUGUAAUCACUUGGGUCGUCCCUAUGUCCUCCUCCUUCCCCUCAUCGAAGGGCCCUUCAGAGCUUCUCUGCAACCUGGUCUCGACGAUUACGUGGACAUUUGCCUGGAGAGUGGCUCCACGCGGGUCUCUGGUUCUACCUUCAGAAGCUGUCUGUACAUCCACGCGGGAGAUGAUCCUUAUAACUUAAUGAAGGAAGCCAUGAAAGUGAUAAGAGACCAUCUGGGAACAUUCAAGCUUCUGGAAGAGAAAAGCCCUCCAGGAAUAGUGGAGAAGUUCGGAUGGUGCACUUGGGACGCGUUUUAUCUGAAGGUGGAUCCAAAAGGAGUCCGGGAAGGUGUGAGAGGCCUGGCGGACGGUGGGUGCCCUCCAGGUUUCGUCAUAAUCGACGACGGCUGGCAAAGCUUCUGCCACGACAACGAAGCCGUCGGCGAUAGCGGAAGCUUGGAUUGUUCAAUACCAGGAGAGCAAAUGCUUAAUAGGCUUACGAGUUUCGAAGAGAAUAGCAAGUUUAAGGAGUACCGUAGCAGGAAGGGUCCUUCGGAGAGAGGGCUGGGGGCCCUUGUGAGAGACCUGAAGGAGGAGUUUAAGAGCUUGGGGGACGUGUAUGUGUGGCACGCGUUUUGUGGAUAUUGGGGUGGGCUUAGGCCCAAUGUGCCAGGGCUGCCGGAGGCCCGGGUGGUGGUGCCGAAGCUGUCGGAGGGAGCGGAGAAGCUGAUGAGGGAUCUGGCGGUGGACAAGAUAUUGGAAGUCGGGGUAGGAUUGGUGCCGCCGGAAGAUGCUCACAAAUUGUAUGACGGACUCCAUUCUCACCUGCAGUCUGUGGGUAUUGACGGCGUCAAGAUUGAUGUCACCCAGAUUCUGGAGAUGCUAUCAGAGGAAUAUGGGGGUCGCGUAGAACUCUCCAAAGCUUAUUACAAAGCCCUCUCUGAUUCAGUGAAGAAGCACUUCAAAGGCAACGGCGUCAUCUCCAGCAUGCAGCAAUGCAACGACUUCAUGUUCCUUGGCACCCAAACCAUCUCUCUCGGCCGAGUCGGUGAUGAUUUUUGGUGCACCGACCCUGCGGGAGAUCCAAACGGCACGUUCUGGCUUCAAGGAUGUCACAUGGUGCACUGUGCCUAUAACAGCUUGUGGAUGGGAAAUUUCAUCCGCCCUGAUUGGGACAUGUUCCAGUCCGAUCACCCUUGUGCUGAAUUCCAUGCCGCUUCACGAGCCAUCUCCGGCGGUCCUGUUUAUGUCAGCGACUCUGUUGGCAGACACAACUUCAAGCUCCUCCACAAGCUCGUCCUCCCUGACGGCUCCAUUCUCCGGUGCCAACACUACGCCCUCCCCACUAGAGACUGCUUGUUUCAGGACCCUCUUCAUGAUGGAAAAACCAUGCUCAAAAUCUGGAACCUCAACAAAUAUACUGGGGUUUUGGGGGCGUUUAAUUGCCAAGGAGGAGGAUGGUGCCGUGUUACUAGGAGGAACAGAAGCGCGAGCGAGUGUUCAAAGAGGGUGAGUUGCUUUGCGAGUCCUGAGGAGGUUGAAUGGAGCAAGGGGAUGAGUCCGAUAUGCGUAACAGAGGAGGAUGUGUUUGCUGUGUACAUGAUUAAGGACCACAGCUUGAAGCUGUUGAAGUGGUGGGAAAGUGUGGAGAUUUCCCUCGAUCCCUUCAAUUAUGAGCUCUUGACAGUUUCUCCGGUGACGGUGUUGCCGAAGGGGUCAAUCCAUUUCGCUCCGAUUGGGUUGGUGAAUAUGCUAAACUCGGGCGGGGCAAUUCAGAGUAUGGAGUUUGGAAAGCAGGGGAAUGAGGUGAGAAUUGGAGUGAGAGGACAGGGAGAGAUGAGGGUGUUUGCUUCAGAGAAGCCUGUGAGCUGUAAAGUUGAUGGAGUGGCUGUUGAAUUUGGUUAUGAGGACAACAUGGCACGCGUUCAUGUUCCCUGGACUGCUUCUUCAACGUUGUCCACGGUGGAGUACUUGUUCUGAGUCAAAGCUAGCUAGCUUUGGUGGCUUCUUUUCCUCAACGAUUUCAAAAAUAAGAAUUCAUUGGCAAAUACUGAUGACAUGCCUUGGUUGGGUAAGCGUCAACGAAUUUUAGGAGUUUAGAUAGUCAAACGAAAGAUUAUUAAUAAGUUAGAUUUCAAACAUGAUGCCUGUUUUGGGAUUUGUUUAGCAAAAUUUAGUUAUACUUUCCUUCUCGCUAUGGUUAAGGUUACUUGGGAAUUAGAAGUUGUAGUCGUGAGUUUCCUGACUAUAAAUUCAAUUUAUGCUGUGCAUCUGGUCAAGUCUUUGGUGA